AUGUCUGAAGUCCAAAAACAAACCGAGGAGACGCCCGCCGUCGUCCCAGCCGCCGUCGUCCCAGAGACCACCGAGGCCCCAGCUGUCGAGGCGCCAGCCACCGAGACACCCGCCGUCGAGGAGCCCGUCAAGGCUGAGGAGACUGCCGAAGAGCCAGCCAAGGAGGAGACCAAGGAGGUCGUCCCAGCCACCGAUGGCCAGCUCGGCUACAAGGCCCCUGGACUCGUCAAGAGCUUCCGAUUCGUAAAGCGAUACUUCUGGUUCAGCGAAGAGGCCGUCGAGAGCAAGUCUCUCAGCUCCUACUUCCAGAACGAAAAGCUCAGCGUCGCCCACCCCAACGCCGCCUGGGCCAGCCAGACCGGCAAGGGUCUCCUCUUCUUCGCCAAGCGCGCCGAGGACAAGGCCAGCCCUGCUGGUAUCAUCAACCUGAGCGACAUCUCCGACGUCACCAAGGACGGCCACAACGAGUUCAUCUUCAAGCUCCACGGCCAAAAGCACACCUUCCAGGCCGCCACUGCCGACGAGCGCGACAGCUGGAUCGCUGCCAUCGAGGCCAAGGCCGCUGAAGGAAAGGCCGCCAAGGAAGAGAUCGUCGCCAGUGAAGGUUACAAGGGCGAGCUCGAGAAGUUCACCAAGGUCCCAGUCGUCGCCGCUGUUGCUGGCGCCACCAAGAAGGUGACUGACGAGACCAAGAAGGCCACCGACGACGCUACCAAGGCUGUCGAGUCCGCUGUCGAGCCAAAGGAGGAGAAGAAGGAGGACAAGAAGAGCCGCUCUCAAUCCCGCAAGCGUGCCAGCAUCUUCGGAAACUUCCUCGGAAAGAAGGAAGAGCAAGAGGAGAAGAAGGAAGAGCAGAAGGAAGAAGACAAGACUGAAGACAAGGAGGUCAAGAAGGACGAUGCUGAGGCCGUCGCUGCUCCUAUUGUUGCUACUGAGACCACUGCCGAGCCUGAGGCUACCGAGACUCCCGCUGCCGUCGAGCCAGUCACUGAUGCUCCCGCUGAAGAGCCAAAGACUGAAGAGAAGAAGGUCGAGGAGAAGAAGACCGAGACUCCCAUGAAGUCCAAGCGUGCUUCUCUCUUCGGCAACUUCUUCCAGAAGUUCCCCAAGGAGGACCAUGAGAAGGCCAAGAAGGAGGUCGCUGCUGAGACCCCAGCUGUCUCCAGCACUGCUCCUCAGCUCGGAGACCCAGUUGACGCCUCCACCUCUGAGCCCAUCAAGCCAGAGACCGUCACCGCCCCUGCCGAUGAGGCCGCCGAGAAGCCAAAGGAGGCCGAGGAGAUCACCACUCCUACCUCUUCCUCCAACAAGUUCCUCUCUUUCAUCAAGAAGGAGAUGAAGACUGAUGACAAGAAGGCCGAGAAGUCUGAGAAGACCACCGUCCCAGAGACCGUUGAGAAGAAGGUCGAUGAGGCCGUCACCAAGGCUGACGAGACCGUCACCGCUGCCGUUGACUCUGUCGCCCCUGGCCUCAAGGAGAAGCGCCGCACUUCCCUCUUCGGCACCCUAGGUGGCAAGAAGGAGAAGAAGGCCGAAGUCGAGGGUGAGACCUCUGAAGGCGAGACCAAGAAGUCCGGCAGCCUCGCUCAGCUCGGCGGUAUCUUCCGCAAGCCCAGCAAGGCCGUCAAGAAGGAGAAGGAGCCCGCCGUCUCCCCAACCACCGAGACUGAGCCCAUCGCUGAGGAGCCAUCCACCACCGAAGCCCCCGUCACCACCACCGAGGAGGCCGUCAACGGUGAGGAGUCCAAGACCACCGAGGCCCCAGCUUCUUCCGAGCCUGCUCCUGUCGCUGCCACUCAACCCGUCCCCACCGCCGCAUGA